AUGAAAGUAAAUUCGACAGAUACCUCUCCCCUUAAUAUAAAACUACCAUUUCCCCCGCAAAUUACUUCAUCGAAUUUGAUAGAGAAAGCAGUUACAAAGCUCAGAACUUCUGGCAAGACCAGUCGCAUUCCUAAUGGGUUUUUAUGCUACCGUAUGGCUUUUUGUAAGGAGCUUCAAGCUUUAAAGCAUCCUGUUAUCACACAACCUCAACUCUCGGCAUUGGCAAAACAGUCGUGGUUAAAAGAACCCGAACAUGUACGAACGGAGUAUCAAAAAAUUGCAGCAGAGGCUAAAAAUAUCUAUAAACAAUCGUGCAUCGAACAAAAAUUAAUUUUACAUGAACAAAAAAACAAGUUGAAAAAUGUUCAAGAAAGUUCUCCAGCUACGGCAAACUUUAAUUAUAGCACUAGUACUGCAAGCUCAUCGAGUUCUUCUCCCGAAACUAAAAAUCUCAACAACUUACAUUUUUCUCUUCAAAAAUUUACUGAAAAUGGACCAUUUACGAAUACCGAAUUAUAUCCUAAUUUUCAUACUAGUGGUACCACGCCUUUCUCAUAUAACUAUCCAAAUUUUUUCUGCCACCAGCUAUUAACUCCGGAGAAAACUCGUGCGAAGAAUGCAAUGGAAAAAUAG